CCUCCUUCACGACUUUGACGACUAUACUCGAGAGCUCUUGAAUCUUUUGCUUGCUGGAAAUAGGGCUUUCACCAUUUGAAACAUCCCAUGUCAAGGCGCAGCUAUGCUAGCACCAUGCACGAGCGAAGGACAUCCCGCUUCCGGGUAUCGGAGGAGGAGCUCAUAAAUUUUGUGCUCAGAGUAGCUCUACUGAGCUACCAGAUGCAGCCCAAGGCGGCCGAGGCCGCUCACCCAGAGCCGGAACGCGAGAAAGACUAUUCAGCGCGGAUACAUGGCGCCAUAUCCAGCUACUCGAGUUCGAUCUUGUCCAUUGGCGAGCUCUUCCGGGACAGCCAGAAGGGCGUGCGGUUCCCUAAGGAUCUGAUCAAGGUGCUGGAACAGAAGUUGCAGGAUAUUGCUAUGGGCAAGGACGCUGCCUACUCUGACCAACUCACGCGCCGAACCAUGGCAGUCUUCUACGGACAGGUCAAGGACGAAACGUUCAGGAAACAGAUGAAGGAGAAUCGCAAGAUCGAGGAACUCAUCCUGAUGUUCGCCACCAACGCGACCAACGUUCUCAGGAAGGAACCCACACUCGCUGGUGACGGCUGGAAAGUAGAGCUGAACAACCACAUCGCGCAGUUCGUGCGGCUGCUCCGCGAGUGCCUGCGUCACGUCAGCCAUGUCUCGCCCGAGCUCACCGCCAGGCUGGACAUGUACGCCACCAAACUCGCGCCUACCCAGCAGGCGCCGUCGGACUCCGGGUACGACUCUGCGUCGACGUCGAAUCGGGACUCGGUCAGCUCUACACGACGAUUUAGCACACAAGUCAACGAUAUGCCUCUUGUGCUGACCGCUGCGCGGUUAUUCAAGCUUCCGAUUAACGUCGUGCAGCAGGAGAUUGACGACAUGGCCAAGUAUUGCACAGAGAAGGCUGCGCUCAACGACUUGAAGACAUGCCUGAAGAACAUCAAUGCUGGUGCUCCCUUUCCUUUCCGCCGAGAAGACUUCGAGAGCGAGGCGGCAUGGCAAUACUGGCGAACGCUCGAGACGUCUCAUCUUUCCCAGCUCAUGGUCGUCAUGGUCCAGUUCAACCCCGAGCUCGCCAAGUCAACACCGUCUGAGGUGCUCCCCGCGACGCAAGGGAACGGUGCGCGCCCGGGGUCGAUCUACUCGCAGUACUCGUCAAGCAGACCAGACUCGUUCUACGCGAGCAGCUCCGCGGCGCAACGAACGUCUUCCAUCAGCUCGCGCCACUCUGUGCACUCGUCUCUCGGCAACUUCGGACCGAGCGACCCCGACGGCGUGCCCAGCGCGAUUGACGGCGACGACGAGAUCCAGGUCGGAUUCCACUUCACGUUCAUUCCGCCGAACCCACGAAAAUACUACAAGCGGCUGCUGGAGUACUGCAUCCAAGCUGAUCUCGAGGCUAUGUUGAGCCCGGCUGUGGGGGACGACGACGAAGUCUCGCUUGGUAUCCUCUCGGCACAACACAUCGAGCUGAUCAACGAGGUGGCGCUCCGGUGGCGCAUCGGGCAACCAUACCGUGUUGCAUGCUUCCUGGACAUCGUCCGCGCAUUCUACGACCGUAACGAGGUGCCGCUAGAAUGCGUGCCCGAGGCGCUGCAGAACAUUGCGCGAGUGACGAACGAGAUCGAGCUUGACAAGUGGCCGAAGCAGGAUAUCGACUACCUCGCGACCAUCUAUGGCAACCUUUUCAGCACCUUCCUCUCCCAUCUGUAUCACGCGCUUGACGACCUGCCUCAGAUCAAGGCUUCUGAUCUUGCACCUUACCUAUCUGUGCUAGAAACUGUAAGGGAAAGCGGUCUGCUCGAGCGCUAUGACGUGGACGUCGCCCAGCGCAUUCAAGACAUUCAGGGGCAGGUCCGGGACGUUUCCGCACGGUACUACGGCCUAAAGCUCCAGGAGCUGCAGUCGGCGCCUGGCGUGAACAGGGCGUUACCAUUACUGCUGAUGACUGACGACAUCGAGAAGAACGCGAAGUUGCUGGACAAGCGGUUCCCAGAACCUCUCCUUGGCCACUUGGACAUCGUCUCGUUGAUGCUCGAGGUGCAGAUACCACAUUUCCUCAUGGACCUUGAUGACUCGAAGAAGCGGCUGUUCGAGGAUUCGAUGAACGGACCAAUACCGGACGUACCCAUCCAGGACAUUUUUGCCCUGUAUCGUCGGACGAAGACCCUGCUUGGGAUGUACAAGGCGUUCUGUCCCAAUGGCGAGAUCUCGUUUGACCUUGGAGGCUUCUUCGAGCCGUACGUGCGGCAAUGGCUUGUCAACACAGACAACAAGACAACUCAGUGGGUCCAAGCGGCUAUCGCCGCCGACAAGUUCCAAGCCGAGGGCGAGGAAGGCCACAGUUCAUCAAUCGUCGACCUGUUUGAUUCGCUGCGGAGCCCAAUACAAUUUUUGCAAGACCUUGAAUGGAUCGACGAGUAUCAGGAAGCUCGGUUCUUCACGAGUCUCUCCAAGACCAUCAGCAAAGCCAUCAAUCAGUACUGUACUACCGUCGAAGAGAUGUUUAUGGCGGAGAUGUUCCCCAGACCGUCUGAGUAUCUGCAGCCCCAGAAGUCGUCAGCGUGGCUGGAGAAGGCCAAGCAAUUGACGGAACGCGGGGAGAAGAAGGUCGAAGCGUUUACCUUCCAGCCGGAGUCAUGCGUGAAGCUCAACAACAUCGAGGCUGCGCGACGUCUUCUGGACAGCAUGUACGCGCAGAUUGAGGCAGACAAGAAGAUGGACGUCCUCGAGCACGCAGCGCCCCCGGUCCCGGAGAAGGUCGAGCGUGGGGACCGUUUUCUCUUCACGGUCAAGGUCGCGAUUGCAGAGGGGCUUGUGCCAUUGGACACCAACCCUGCUGCCAAGCUCGACACCUUCGUCACGCUCAGCGACGAGCAGGGCAACCGUUUGGCCAAGACAAGGACUAUAUAUGAGACCCUCAGCCCCCGAUGGGACGAGUCCUUCGAUCUCUCCGUAGAGAAGCCGCUGUGGAUUAUGAUCAGUGUCCGCGACCGUGCAUUGGUCGGCAAGCACGACACCAUCGGUCGCGCAUACCUCUGCCUCGACCCCAAGCGGUUCGGCGACUUCAUGACGCAUGACCUGUGGUUCGACCUGGACACUCAGGGACGCAUCCUGCUCCGCGUUAGUAUGGAAGGCGAGAAGGACGACUUGCAGUUCUAUUUUGGUCGUGCAUUCCGGUCUCUCAAGCGGGCAGAGAACGACAUGGUCCGCAUCUUCAUUGACAAGGCGAGUAAAAAUAGUAUGAUGUCGCCCUUCAUUCGUCAAAGUCUAUCUCGACCUGUCCUCAAGUCGCUCAUGAAGCAGAACACCGUCGGUAGCAUUGAUUACAACAAGGCCUUAGGCAACGUCACUGCGCUCUUUGGCUCCGCCCUGGGGAGCAAGGAUGAGGUACAGAUACCCCUCCCGCAGUCAGAGAAACCUCGUUUCAAGUCCGAAGGCCUUACGGAUGUGGAAAUCGAGCAAGCGAUUGUCCCAUUGUUCGACUUCUUUGACGCCAACCUCUCGACACUGAACACCUACCUGAGCGAGUCAACGAAAGACAUGGUCAUGUCGCGCGUCUGGAAGGAGAUUCUGAACGUGAUUGAGGGCUUGCUUAUCCCUCCUCUGUCCGAUGUCCAGAGUGAGAUGAAGCCGCUGACCGACAAGGAGGUCGACAUCGUCUUCAAGUGGCUGAAGUUCCUGAGAGAUUACUUCUACGCCGGCGGAGAAGGACCAAUCUCGCUCGAGGCACUGCAGAACCAGAAGUACCGUGAUAUCCUGUCGAUCCGCCUCUACUAUGACUGGCAUACCGACGCCCUCAUGGAGGAAUGCGUACGUAUGAUGCAGCACAGUCUCCGAGCUGCCCCCUCCAUCAAGAAGCGUGCAAAGAGCGUGUAUCAACAACGCAACCUGGGUACGAUCAAGAACCGCAAGAAGGAGAAGCAGCAGGAGAAGGAGAAGGACGUCAGCAACGGGGAGACCAUCCUCCGAAUUCUCCGCAUGCGGCCGAACACAUCUGACUUCAUCGCCCAGCAGCUGCAGGCGAUGACCAGCCUGCAGGCCGAGCGCGAGGCGCACUCGAAGGAAAUUGAGAAGCGCAAGCUGUCUCGCCCUCGCCAGCAGGCCCAGAUCCCUCCUGUCCCCGAGGUCCCUGAAGUCCCCCCCGUGCCCCCACUGCCUCCGAAAUAGACGCUUUCCGUUUGCCUUACUUCUCCUUGCUGCUGGUGCUGUCACGCAUGUUCCAUCUUACGAUCUUUCCUCUCGAUACUUUCAGGGACGGAUACCUCGCAUACUAUACCUGUCGCCCGUGCGUAGCUGUACAGCUAGCUCAAUUGGUCUCUUUGAUUCUUUCCUCGUUCCGUGUUUGUUGUGCUGUUCUUGCCUGUGGGCGCCUACUUAUUGCCGCGGUAGCUGCUUCCUUCUAAC